CGCAAAGGGACCGUCUCUUAUUUCAACGGAGGAAACACGUUUUGCACCUUGCGCGCUGUCUAAGAAGACUCACUUAAAGUCAGAAAAACGUAGACUUUAAGUUGAAGAAACUUACUUUAUGCUGCACCUGAUGCGACGCUGUUUGUUUACAGCAAUAGUACGGUGAUGUGGAUGUUGUCAUUACGCACCAAGGCUGUGGCAAAACGCGAUGUUUGCCUGUAGAGCUGGACUAAGGCGUAUUUUUUUUGGGGGGGGUUCUUACUCAUAUUUUUUACAUAACGCAAAGUUUUACUUGGAGUCCAGGUUUUAAUGUGAGACUGUGUGCCAGAGGAAUCGCGUGUAUAUUUGCUGAUAACCCUCAAGGAAACAUGAACGUGUCCUUCUUCAAUGUGACCCAGGGCGCGCUGUUUAACGGGAGUCAGACUCUCGUUGGGACUCUGGCGACAUACUCCAGCAAUGGCACCGACAACGUGGUGACCGGUGACGGUGGAGGAUCUCUGGUGCUGGUGCAAGACGAGCGCAAACUCUUUGUCAUGCGUGUGGUUCAAAUUGCGGUGCUGUGCGUGUUGUCGCUCACCGUGGUGUUCGGUAUUUUUUUCCUAGGAUGCAACCUGAUGAUCAAAUCGGAGAGCAUGAUUAACUUCCUGGUGAAGGACCGGAGACCCUCCAAAGACGUGGAGACGGUCAUGAUCGGGCUCAGCUAGACCAUGGAGAGUUGGUACUGUGGACAACUGGAGCGGAGAUCCGGUAUCUGGUGCAAGAUCUGCAUGUACUGCUCAAAGACGCUCUGUCUGUGUCCUAGGAAGGAAAGAUAUGCAAAGAUGUCUCACGUCCUUCUGAUAAAACGACUACAGGAGCCAGCGACCAAUGUAUGCGUAAAGUUUGUGCGUAAAACACGGGGAAUUGUUUACAUGUGGGCCUGUUGAAUCUUUUGAGUGAAUAUAAUUUUACCAACUUGAACAAAGUGACGAAAAUGUUUACAAGUUACCUCAUUUUUUUUUUAAGUUUGUUUUUCUUUUCUCCUUUUUUGUAAAUUUGAAAUGAUUGUAACUGAAUGUUUUUAAAAACUGUUCAACCGCAUGAUUGUGAAUUCUUAUAAUUCCACGUCUGCCAGUGUAAUAUGUGGACGUGAUGAACAUAUAAGUAUUCUUUAUACAAAUAUUUUUCUUGGUCUCGUUUGGUAAAUACACUCUGAAUAUUGAAAUCUUGCACGUUCAACGAACUCGGUCUCCGUUUAUGUGAGAGGUUCUGGUCCUGUUUGGCAUGCUCGCUAAUUGAUCUGUAAAGUGAUUUCUGGACCCGUUUUGCACUUUUGAAAUCACUGAUGCUGCAUGAAUUAUUUUGUACCCAAAAAAAGAAAUAUAAACUUGAAAUUGCAGCAUGCAAUUAAAAUA